AUGGUCGGGUCGCAAAGUCCAAGAAAGGAAGCGAUCGGGUCCUUCGAUGAGGACGAGAAUACCAUCGUGCAGACGCAAACCGCCUCCCAGGGGGGCGGACAAUUCUUGUCCCCGCACCAAACGCACUCGCCGAGAGUUUUACCGGUCGUCCCGAUGCUCCCGCUCCCGAGAGAGUACCGGUCGAGAGACGACACGAAUCAAAAGGAAAAACCACCGGGGUGGAUUCAACGCACGUGCGUCGGGGAAAACUGCGUUAAGAGGCAAAAGAGCGGACGGUAUCUCCGCAAGCCCGGGACGGCGGAAGGCGACGACCAAUACUUGUGCUUCACGUGUUGGUCGCACGACCACGUGAAGAACCAGAACAGGGAGUGUUUCGUGUGCGCGCGUCCAGAUGCCGGCGGGUGUUGGUAUAAGAGCAAGUUGCACGAAGGGAAGGAUUUGUGCACUCGAUGUUACGAACGCGAGAGAAGAGAGCGUUUGCAAGCGAGCGGGACGUUGAAGUGCUGGUGUUGCGGCGCCCGCCACUCGAGCUCGAAAUGGAGAACGAGUAAAGACAAAUCGGAAGGGAAGAAGGAUUUGUGCAACAAGUGCUACUUGAAAGAGUGCAGAUCGACGAAGCAGGCCAUGGAGUCGGGUAAGUCGUGCUGCGUGUGCUCGACGCAAAUUACCACGGAGUGGAAGGAAAGCGCUUACGCCAAAGACGCGAACGGCAAGCAGGAUAUUUGCGACCAGUGCUUUCGAAGAGAUCCGGCGCACGCCGGAGCGGCCGCGGCCUCGUUGGAAGGUUAA